AUGAGUUGUAUACGACUCGCAACCGACCCACAACCAACCCGCAACCAACUCACAACCAACCCGCAACCAACCCGCAACCGACUCGCAACCGACCCACAACCGACACGCAACCAACCCACAACCGACCCGCAAGCAACUCACAACCAACUCGCAACCAACCCACAACCGACCCACAACCAACCCACAACCGACACGCAACCAACUCACAACCGACCCACAACCGACUCGCAACCGACCCACAACAGACACGCAACCAACCCACAACCGACCCACAACCGACACGCAAGCAACUCACAACCAACUCGCAACCAACCCACAACCGAACUACAACCGACUCGCAACCGACCCACAACCGACCCACAACCAACCCACAACCGACACGCAACCAACUCACAACCGACUCACAACCGAUUCGCAACCGAUCCACAACCGACACGCAACCAAACCACAACCGACCCUCAACCGACCCGCAACCAACUCACAACCAACACGCAACCAAUCCACAACCGACCCACAACCGACUCGCAACCGACCCACAACCAACCCACAACCGACACGCAACCAACUCACAACCAACUCGCAACCAACCCACAACCGACCCACAACCGACCCGCAACCAACCCACAACCGACCCACAACCGACACGCAACCGACCCACAACCGACUCUCAACCGACCCACAACUGACCCACAACCGACCCGCAACCAACUCACAACCAACUCGCAACCAACCCACAAUCAACCCACAACCGACUUGCAACCGACCUACAACCGACCCACAAUCGACUCGCAACCGACCCACAACCGACCCACAAAAGACCCGCAACCAACUCACAACCAAUCCGCAACCAACCCACAACCGACCCACAACCGACGCGCAACCGACCCGCAACCAACUCACAACCGACUCGCAACCGACCCCGAAAAAUGA